CGCGGCACUCAGUUCAUAUACUGUAAUCAAACGGUGUGCACGUAAAAAAUGUUCUCGACGCGAGUUCUAGUAGCUUUUGCUGUUUUGGCAGCUGUAGCUGCAUUGCCAGCUGAUAAACCGGUACCACGACCCGUCACCACCAUUACCGAUGAAGAAUUCGACGACAGUCCAUGGUUCAGUUUUCCCCUCUUCGGAAACCUUUUCGCACCGCUCUGGAGGCUCUUCCCCAGUUUCGCCGAUAUCGGCCCAAGAAUCGUUACUGACGACAACAAAUUCCAAGUCAUCGUGAACGUGAAGGAUUACAAAAAGGAAGAUCUGAAGGUUAAAGUGAAAGGAGACUUCAUCUUCGUUCAAGGCUCUCACGAGGCGAAACAAGACGACCGCGAUGUGUUCGCAAGCCAGUUCUUCCAUACUUACAGCCUGCCGGCCAAUUGCAGUGGGUCUGAUGUGACUGCUGAGCUAUCCAGCGAUGGUUACCUCAUCGUGAGUGCUCCCUUAAAAUCCACUGGUGAAAAGAAGGCCAGUGCAGAUCGCGAUGUUUCUAUUGUUGAGACUGGAACACCUUACCAGAAAGAAGAGAAAAAUGUACCAACAACGACAGUCCAGCCGGUGUCAGAUGACAGGAAAGAACCAACAACACUAGCGGAACGCGAGGAAGUAACGGAGAAGGACAACGUCAUCCCCCAUGGAAACGAAAUACCUGUCUAAAGUGAUAUAAUAUUUAAGGUCUUAAUUAUAACUACGUAUUAAAAUAAAUAUUUUUGUAUUUAAA